CUUCCCCACCCUCACUCGUUAAAAACCCACGUCUUUCACUUCCAUCAUUCAAUUCAACCUUUCACACUCCCUCUCUCUUCACUCCUUUUGUCCCUUUUUUUUAGAUAUUUUCUUCCGAUGUUAAAGGACUGGUUCCCUGGAUUAGCAUUUAGAUGUGGAGAAGCUCUUGCUUUCUGGGUUUUUAUUCUAAUGAGAGAUCUUAGGAUUGGAUUCUUAAUUAAACUCUUCAAAAGAUCACUCUUUGCUGCUUUCAUCUGCAUUUUUGCUUUAGGAGGAGCCGUAGUGGGAACUGUAGUAGGAGCAAUGAAAGGGCAAACAACAGAAACUGGGUUUUUCAGGGGAGCUGGAAUUGGGGCUGUUGCAGGUGCGAUCACAGCCGUUCAAUUGCUGGAAUCAUUGGCUGAUGGGGAGUCAUUGUCUAAGGUGGCCUUAUUGGUUAGCUUAGUAAAUGGGAAGGUUUUCAUUGAAUGGGUAAGUCCAGCAGUGCUAAAAGCAUACCAAUGGCAAAUGAAUUCACUUGACUCGACAUAUAGAGAAAUCUCAGACAUAUAUGAUGUAAAUGGAGGAAAGGGUUUAUCUAGAAGUUGUAUCCAAAAGCUUCCAAUGCAGGAAUUUCAUUCUAUUGAGAGGAUCAAAUCAAGGGAGGAAUCUUAUUGUUCAAUUUGCAUACAGGGAUUAAAGGAUGGAGAAAUGGCAAGAAAUCUUCCCAGAUGCGGGCACAUCUUUCACUUAAAGUGCAUAGAUGAAUGGCUAAGCAGGCAAGGAACUUGUCCCAUGUGUAGAGAGCAUGUUCUUGACGGUGAUGGUGAAGAAGUGUAAAUCAGGAAAUUUUGAUUCACAAAAAAUUGAGUUUUUCUUUUUUGUUCUGAAAUCUGGUGUAUAUAUAGAGUCAUAGACCAUUGCACAAGGGUUUUGUAGCAACUUUUGAUAUUUCAAAGCAGUAAAGUAGCGGUGAUAUUAUAUAUUAUUCAGAUUUA